AUGGAUUAAUAAGAAGAAUAACAAAUUAGCAGUGUUACUUUUAAAGAACUAGGUGUUUGUGAGGAAUUAAGCUCAGCAUGUGAAAAGUUAGGAUAUAAAAUACCUACUCCAAUUCAAUAAUAAUCCCUACCCUAUACACUAUAAAAAAAAGACAUUAUUGGUUUGGCAGAGACUGGUUCUGGUAAAACCUUAGCUUUUGGACUCCCAAUAUUGCAGCAUUUAUUAGCAAAUCCAUAGCCUUAUUAUGCCUUAAUAUUAUCUCCUACAAGAGAACUGUGUGUUUAAAUUUAAGAACACUUCUAGGCCAUUGGAGCUUCGAUAGCAUUAAAAUCUGUAGUUAUUUUGGGAGGAAUGGAUCCUCUAGCUUAAGCAAAGGCUUUAGCAUAAAAGCCACACAUCAUUAUUGGAACUCCUGGAAAGAUUCUUUACCAUCUAGAAAAUACAAAAGGAUUCAAUCUAAAAUAAUUAAAAUUCUUAGUUUUAGAUGAGGCUGACAAAUUGCUUAAUAUGGAUUUUGAAAGAGAAAUUAACGCAAUUCUAGACAUCAUACCGAAAGAAAGAAAUACUUAUUUAUUUUCAGCCACCAUGACAAAUAAGGUCAGUAAAUUAUAGAGAGCAUCUCUUAAAGAUCCAGUCAAAAUUGAAGUGUCUUCAAAGUAUUAGACUGUUUCCACACUUCAAUAAAAUUACCUAUUCGUUCCUGAUAAAUACAAAGAAACCUAUUUAGUUUACUUACUGAAUGAAUUAGCAGGAUUAACUUCCAUUGUAUUUGUAGCAACCUGUUAAAUGGCAAUUAAGAUAACCUUACUAUUAAGAAAUCUUGGAUUUCAAGCUAUUGCAAUACAUGGAUAGAUGAGUUAAGCCAAAAGAUUGUCGUCCUUUAAUAAAUUCAAAUCAAAGGAAUCUAAUUUAUUAAUUGCCACUGAUGUUGCAAGUAGAGGUCUUGAUAUUCCAUUUGUUGAUUUGGUUCUUAAUUUUGAUAUUCCCUAAAACGCAAAAGAGUAUGUCCAUAGAGUUGGUAGAACUGCAAGAGCAGGAAAAUCUGGAAAAGCUAUCAGUCUUGUAACUUAAUAUGAUGUUGAAAUGUACCAGAAGAUAGAAUAAUUAAUCGAAAAAGAGUUAUCCCAAUAUCCUUUGGAGGAAUCUGAUGUAAUGGUGUUUUACGAAAGAGUUUAAGAGGCUAAUAGGAUAGCAACUCAAGAAUUAAAAGAUUUAUUGGAAAAAAAGGUAAAGAAAACCGCAGUUGAUGAAGAUGAUUUGGAUGAUAGAAAGAUAAAAUAAAUCAAUAAAAAAAUAUAAAAGGAUUCCAAAUAAAAAAAGGGAGGUUUUAAGAAGAGAUUUAAAUUGGAUGUUUGA